AUGGGACUUUUAGCGGUAGUCCGGUCUGCAAAAGAACACAAGGUUAAGAUUAUUGAGAAUAUUGUUAAUGCAAUCUCUUCAAUUAUUAAUGCAUUUCCUUUACGCAUUCCGGAUGAUUCAGUGGGACUUGAGUCUCGGGUACAAGAAAUAAUCUCACUUCUAGAUGUUGGGUCCAAUGAGGAAGUCAAAAUGGUAGGAAUUUGUGGAACUUGCGGAAUAGGUAAAUCAGCAAUAGCAAGUGCUGUGUGUAAUUUCAUUGCUCAUCAUUUUGAAGAUUUAUGGUAUUUUUCUGGUUCUAGUUCGAGACUUUUUGAAAUAGUCAGGGGCAAUGAUUCCGUAUUGGAUAGUUUCAAUGAUUUGAUAAUACCGCCCUGGUUCCCACAAAAAAAGAUCCUUGUAAUUCUGGAUGGCAUUGAAAAAUUAAAUCUGGUACUAGCAGUUAAUGGAGGAUGUGAACGGUUUGGUCAAGGACGCAGGAUCAUUAUCACGACAAGGGAUAGACAGUUGCUAGUCAGCCAUGGUGUUGAAAAAAUUUAUGAUGUCAAGAAACUAAGUGAUGAUGAGGCUCUUCAAAUGUUUAAUGGGAUUGUUUUCAAUAAGAACAAUGUGAAAUCUGGUCACAUGGACGUUUUGAAACGUGCAAUACUUUGUUCACGUGGCAUUCCAUUAAUUUUGGAGGCAAUGGGCCGUUAUUUAAUUGGUAAAACAUUAGAUGAAUGGAAUUUUGCAAUAGAUGAGAUGGAAAAAGACCCAAUGCAGAUGAUUCUACGCUUCAGUGAAAUCCCAUGGAAACAGAAGCUGCAGCUCAAGGAAUUUGUUGCUUUUAUGAAAGAAAAAGAACCUCAGUCAAUUCAUUCUUCAACGGAGAAGGCCGUACUAAGAAAGAGAAAGAGAAAGAGGGAAGACACUGAAAGAGAGGAGACACAAGUUGAGGGGAAGAAGCGCCAUGCUUGA